AUGCACGGUGCAGUGAUGCACGGUGGGGUGAUGCACGGUGUGGUGAUGCACGGUGCGGUGAUGCACGGUGUGGUGAUGCACGGUGCGGUGAUGCACAGUGCGGUGAUGCACGGUGGGGUGAUGCACGGUGUGGUGAUGCACGGUGUGGUGAUGCACGGUGUGGUGAUGCACGGUGUGGUGAUGCACGGUGUGGUGAUGCACAGUGAGGUACUACCAGUAGCACACCUGGCCUCAGCAUGGCACGUGGUGGAGGAGCAUGGCAUGUGGUGGAGCAGCAUGGCACGUGGUGGAGCAGCAUGGCACGUGGUGGAGUGGAGCAGCAUGGCACGUGGUGGAGCAGCAUGGCACGUGGUGGAGCAGCAUGGCACGUGGUGGAGCAGCAUGGCACGUGGUGGAGUGGAGCAGCAUGGCACGUGGUGGAGCAGCAUGGCACGUGGUGGAGCAGCAUGGCACGUGGUGGAGCAGCAUGGCACAUGGUGGAGCAGCAUGGCACGUGGUGGAGCAGCAUGGCACGUGGUGGAGCAGCAUGGCACGUGGUGGAGCAGCAUGGCACGUGGUGGUGCAGCAUGGCACAUGGUGGAGCAGCAUGGCACGUGGUGGAGCAGCAUGGCACGUGGUGGAGCAGCAUGGCACGUGGUGGUGCAGCAGCACACGACGCCCGUGGCAAGGCUGGACCUCACCUCUCACCGCCACCACGCGUAA